AUGACCCCCACUCUCACAGCCCUGCUGUAUCUUGGGGCCUUCUCUAAACCCACAAUCAAGGUGGUGCCAAGCAAUGUGGUGACCAAUGGGCAAGAGGUGACCAUCUUCUGUGAAGGGUCCUUACAUGCCAAAGAAUACCGUCUCCACAAAGAAGGAAGUCCAGAUUACCUGAUACCGACAAACCUUCUAGAAACUGAAAACAAGGCCAAGUUCUCUAUCUCACCAAUUCAAUGGAAUCAUGCAGGUCAAUACUGGUGUUCUUAUAAAACCCCAACUAACAUGUUACGACAAAGUGACAUCACGGAGCUGGUGGUGACAGGAGUUAUCAACGGUGAAGUCAGGCUGUCUGCCCUUCCUAGCUAUGUUGUGACUUCAGGGGGAAAUGUGACCCUUCAGUGUGCAUCACAAGUUACAUAUGAUAGGUUUAUUCUAAUGAAGGAAGAUGAGAAAUUCUCCACUGUGGUGCCCUCAUGGCAUACAUAUCCUGCAUUACGGCAAGCCCUUUUCACAGUGGGUCCUGUUACCUCCAACCAAAGGUGGAGGUUCACAUGCUAUGGAUAUUACUUGAGUAACUCCCAGAUGUGGUCAAGGCCCAGUAACCAUUUAGAACUCCUGGUCCCAGGAGUCUACAAAAAACCCAUCAUUUCUGCCCUACAAAGCCCUGUUGUAAACUUAGGAGUGUUUGUGAACAUCUCAUGUACCGCAAAUCAGACAUUUAACUGGUUCAUUUUAAGAACUGAUGAUCAGAAAAUCUACAGAUCCUUUGGCUUACAAGACCCAUACUCUAUGGCGUCUCUGGCCAGGUUCCAAGUGGGUCCAAUAACUUCUGGACAACGUUGGAGAUUCAGAUGCUAUGGCUAUUCUGAAGAUGAUCCUCAGGUGUGGUCAGAAUCCAGUGACCCAUUGGAGUUCCUCUUCUCAGUCUCACAGCCCCAGGAUUACACAGUGGAGAAUCUCAUCAGGAUGGGGGUGUCAGUCUUGGUCCUUGUGCUUCUUGGCAUUCUGCUGUUUGAAGCUCAGCACAGUCAAAGACAGACCCAACAUACGGCUGGGAGAGAAAGCAGUGCUUCUUUCAUGGUGGCAGAAUCCUGUGAAUAA